UCCUUCCCAAGUAUCGCUCCUUUUUUCCUUGUCUUCUGUGACAUGCUGGACUGGAUAUUGUAGAUUCGCAUUUUCUGCAUUUCUUCACUUGUUGGUUUUUCAUCCUCCUGCAACAACAAAGCAGACCAUCUUUCUCUUCUUUGGUUGUGGUGCUGCAGUCUCACCGCCACGGUUCCACCCAAAAGCUCAGAGAGACAUUGCCAUCGUUGGCGACAAUCUGCCACUCCCUCGAAUUUCUCGGACCUUUGCCCGACUUGACUUGCGACUCCUCUCUCGUCGUCCCACCGCUCGCUUUUCGCAACUGGCAAAUUCCACCUCGACUAAACAGAGCUUCAUCUGUUCAUCGUAGCAAUCCGAUAUAAUGGCCACUCAGACCAAGGCAGCUGCCAACGGCGCUGCUGCGAAUGGCGACGUCAACCACGAGCCCAUCAAUGUCAUUAUCCCCAUUGGCGGCAUUGGCUCCCGCUUCGCAAAGGAGGGUUACCGCUACCCGAAACCCCUGAUCAACAUCGUCGGCCGGCCUAUGCUGCUAUGGCUGAUUGACAACCUGAGCCUCAAGCCCGGCGACACCCUGUGGAUGGCCAUCAACGAGGAGGUCGACGACGAGUUCAGAAUUGGCCAGCUCGUGAGCAAGACGUUUUCCAAGAUCGACUUCAGACUCCUGCGCUUGCGCCACCAGACCAAGGGUGCCAGCGAGACGCUCUACAUCGUCACCCAGAGCAUGACCAAGAAGCACCUCGAGCGCAAGACUGUCUCUCUCGACUGCGACACCAUCUACUGGGCCGAUGUCCUCCAGGACAUUCGCAACAUGCCCAAGGGCCACGGCGGCUGCUUCUACUUCCCUGACGUUGGCGACAAGCCCAUCUUCUCUUACAUCAAGACAGAACCUAAGGACGGCUUGGAGCGCAUUGUCGACAUUCAGGAGAAGAAGGCCAUUUCCAACAAGGCAAACACGGGCGCAUACGUUUUCCCGUCCGCGGGUCAGCUCAAGUCAUGGGCUGCCCAGAACCUCGACAUGAAGAGACCCGACGGCUCAGAGGUCGGCGAGUACUACACUUCCCAGAUGAUCGCCCUCAUGAUCCAGAACGGCGUGCCGUACCUGGGCAUGCCUGUCAGCACCAAGGACUUCAGUGUUGUCGGCACACCCGAGCAGCUCAAGGACCUCCUGAAGCUUCUCAAGACGGAUACUUCCAACCUGCCCAUUAAGCUCAAGAAGCGCCGCUUCUGCUUCGAUCUCGACAUGACCUUGGUCGGUGUGCCCGCUGUGGCCGGAGACUACUCCACCUGCCCUCCCAUCGAGAAGAACAUUCGCCUGGUCCAGCAGUUGUACAACGCUGGUCACUACAUCAUCAUUCAAACGGCCCGCCGCAUGCGCACGCAUCACGGAAACUUGGGCUCAGUCCUUGCUGACGUCGGUCCCGUCACCUUUGCCCAGCUGGCCAAGUACGAGAUCCCGUACCACGACAUCCACUUCGGCAAGCCCUACGCCGAUGUAUACGUCGACGAUCUGGCUGUCAACGCCAACCUCGACACUAUGCGGGAAAUUGGCUGGCUUUUGGAUGAGCAGGACCCAGCUGCCCUGAUCGGGCAAGAUGCUGCGACGGGCGACGAUGCCAAGAAGGCCGGCAUGAUUGCUGCCCGCGACUUCAACACCAUCCAAAUCAUUGGCGACAAGGUCAUCAAGUCGAGCAAGUCUGAGAACAUUCUCGGCGAGCUCUUCUUCUACUCUCACAUGCCCGCCGAGAUUGCCCAAGUCUUCCCCACCGUAUACAACGUGGACUACAUUCCCGACACCACCACUUACAACAUCACCAUGGAGAACCGCCGUGGUUUGACCUUCUCUCACCUCCUGGUCGGUCGAUCCAUCACCAAGGGUCGCCUGAUCUCCCUCCUCAAGGCUCUCCACACUGUCCAUACCACGGGUAGCACAGACAAGGCCACCCUGAACAUCCCCAGUGCCCUGGAGAAGAAGUUCGAGGAGCACUCCCUCGCGCGGGCGAACAACCGCGUUAACAUCUACGCAAACUACGGCUCGAAGUUGCGCAGCCGUUACUACAAGGACCAGCACAAGUACGAUGCACUUGGUCCCCUCGCUGCCUCUCUCUUCGCCCGUAUCAACGAAUUCCUCGACACGUACGAGGCUGAGGAGAAGGGUGUUCAUGCUCAGGUCAUUCACGGUGACCCGGUCUUCAGCAACGCCAUCCUGUCCAAGGAUGAGAAGCUCGUCAGCUUUAUCGACGUGCGCUGCCAGCUGGAGAACACCCUGACGCCCGAGGGUGAUAUCCACUACGACUUGGGCAAGGUCCUCCAGUCCCUCUGCGGUUAUGACCACAUCCUGUUUAUGAGCGCGAACAACUAUGACUUGCGCGACGCUCUCGACAGUGACAAGCCCCUGCUCGACGAGGCCGACUCAGACCUCCUCGAGAGCCUCCAGGAGCACUUCUUCACCUUCCUCGAGGAGACAUACUCUGUGCGCCUGCACCGCAAGACCCUCUUCCGUAUUACCGCCUCCCUGUUCUUCAGCUUGAUCCCUCUGCACCGGCCCGAACUCGGCGCCGUCUUCCUGCGCAUGUGCAAGGAGACGCUCGACAAGGCGAGCAACAUCAACUACGGCCCGGGCGCCCGUUCCACGUCAGGCCUCACGCUUAGCCGGCGCGCGAGCUCCAACUUUGGCUCGGACGAGAAGGCUCGCGAGAUGCCCAUCGCCUCGGGCAAGGGCGAGAACCUCUCGAUCCCCAGCGUUACCGUCACUGCGAAAUAAGCGUAUCAGCUUUCGGUGUUAUCGUAUAAUUGCUAUCAAGAAGCCAAUCCGCCCGAUUCGCGGGCUAUAAUGUGCCGAGCUAUCGGAAUGGUGGAGGUGGAUUUGCAGUAGCGGGGGUGGAGUUGAAGUGGUUGCAUUGAUGUCAUUCGGGACGGAGCUUCCGUGGAAGAAAGCGGAGAGCUCAUGUGGAGCCCUGUCGACACGUCGCGUCGGAAGCCAACCGAGAAGCGAUCGAUGGUGUGGGAACGGAGACGGACGGGAACAAAGUGGCAUUUGCUUCACAAAACUGUUCGUAUUGCGUAAGGUACUUACCUAUAGGGUGGAAAAGGAGGGGAAGCGUUUUGAUCGGAAUUUUUCCACUACAACUUGUAGGGAUGGAUGUUGUUCAGCGUCGGUCUACGAGGGUCAUGUACUACUUACUAUACCAAGGAA